CUAAUAAAAAUUCGCUGUGGACUGGUUCAAAUUGCAACGUCUGCUGAUGGAAACACAAUCAUUUGGGUAGAUAAUUAAUUCAUAAACAAUGGAUUAAAGCUGGAUUAAGACAAGUUCAUGGAUUCCAAUUCACAAGGCGACCUAAUCUGCAAACAUCGCUCGAGGAUUUCUUUUGAGAGAGUGAGAGAGAAUCCACAAGUUAGAGGCGUUGGAAGAAGAAGCUUUGGUAGCUCCGAAAAAUGCUACAAAAAGGAAGGAUGGUUGGGCUGUGUUUUGGCCUAUGUAGAUCUCCUUCCUGCUGGCUUCCUUUUGGACGAGAGUGAGGCAUGGAUUUCCUCACCGAGGAGGAGGUUUCCGAGUUCCGAGAUGCCUUUUGCCUUCUUGAUAAGGAGGGAGAUGGAGGAUGUAUCACAAUGGAAGAGAUGAUUGCUAUUAUGAAAUCAAUAGGGAGAAGCUCACCAAACAUAGAAUUCACAGAUAUUAUCAACCAUACUGAUUUUGAUUUUAGAGGAAACUUUGAUCUGACGGAGCUUUUCAAUCUAACUACAGAAAUUGUAGAGGAGAUAAACAAAGAAGAUGAACUAAAGGAAGUUUUUAAGGUGUUUGACAGAGAUCAAAAAGGGUUCAUAUCAGCUACUGAGCUGAAAAACGUGUUGAUAAGUCUUGGUGAGAAAUUAACAGAUGAGGAGGCUGAGCAAAUGAUAAAGGAGGCCGAUUUUGAUGGUGAUGGGAAAGUCAAUUAUGAUGAUUUUGUGCAAACUAUGAAGUUAAUGUAAGAAACAGAAGAUUAUCUCAGAAUGAUUUUUCUUUUCUAAAGCCCCAUAAGAUUGGUUCAAAUUUACCACUUUAUUGUUGCAACUUUUAUCAGUAAAUAAAUGUCAACUGCUGUAUGCCAUUAUUAUUAUUCUGUUACUACUGCUAUAUAUAUGUAGAACAUACAAUGUAAGAAAAUAACUUUCAAAGAGCUGUGUUCAAGGCAUGUUUUUACUU